UUCGACAAGACAGGUGUUCGUGUUUUUGUCCUGCGAUAACGGUGAAAAGAAAUAAAAUCGUCUAAUUUUCAAUUCUAAGCGAACAUGAACUCCUAAUCUUUUGAAAAUAACACUCGUAUAGAUUCAAAAUGUUCGUCGAGGACCUGAAAAAUGAUUUCUACAACGUACUUUUAGGCAACAGGGUGUUGUUGUUGGUCCACUACGACGUCGACGCGAUAUGUACUUGCAAAAUACUCCAGGGCUUGUUCAAAUGCGACAAUAUAUCGUAUACUUUAGUGCCUGUGGGGGGUAUCGCAGAGUUGAAGCAAGCUUACUUGGAGAAUAAUGAGGAGAUAAAGUACGUGUGCCUGGUGAACUGUGGGGGCACUAUAGACUUGGUGGACAUCCUGCAGCCCGAGGAGGAUGUGGUGUUCUUUGUCCUGGACUGCCAUAAACCUACAGAUGUGUGCAACGUUUACAGUGAUGGCCAGGUGCGACUAGUGUACAAAGAUGAGGAGGAGAAGAUCCCCAACUUUGAUGACAUCUUCAGGGACGAUGAGGACGAGGAGGAGGAGGACCCGGGAGGCGGGCGAGAAGGCCUGGAGGCGCGCGUGGAGCGCCGCCGCGCGCGCCGCGCAUGGGAGGAGCGCCGGGACACGCUCAUGUUCAAUUACACACAGUUUUCAUACUACGGUAAACCUAGCGCGCUGGUAGCCCUCGAGCUGUCGUGGCGGGUGUCCCGCCUGGGCGCCCGCGAGGCCUGGGCCGGGGCCGUGGCGGGCGCCGCGCACGAGGCCUGGGGCCUGCGGGGGGCCGCCGCCUGCCUGCUGGACGCGGCGCUGCUCACCCGCGCCCGGAGCCGGACCACUGAUAAUGAUGACGGUCACCAGUCAGUGGAGCUGGUGUUAGAGAAGGACGCCCCGCUGCCGCUGUACCGGUGGUGGUCGCUAGAGAGCGCGCUGAAACACUCGCCCAGUAUCGGGCCGUUCCUCAAGCUACAUUCCCUCGCCGGGGUCUCCAGGUUACGGCAGCUGUUAGCGGACAUGGGAUUCCCACUACAACAAGCACGACAGGCGUACCGCUCCAUGGAUGUGGAGCUUCGCCGGGGGCUGCUCGAAGCCCUGGAGACAGCCGGCGCCCGUCUAGGGCUCCGCGAUGUGUCCCGGACCGCGUAUAUACUCAGACGCGCGCACGCGCCGCCGCUGUCGGCGCUAGACGCCGUAUACGCUACUGCCGCACUGCUCGAACACGAAACCAUACCCCGCUCCGAAGGCUUCCAGCUUGCACUAUCCGCCUUAGACCUAGAAAGUGAAAACGAGAGUCUUCGCCUAGGCAUACAGUCAGCACAACGGUCACUAGAAGCUGUCGCUAGACUUGUCAACGCUACACUAUCAGCCAGGGCCUUACAUCUGGCCGGACCCUUUACAUACUUCAUCAUUCAUGAGGGUACUCCGGAGGCGGCGUGGGUGUGCGGGCCGGUGUGGCUCGGCGUGGCGGCGCGCUGGGCGGCCGACGCGGCGGGCGCCAGGGCUCUAGUGGCCAGCGCUCCCCUAGACAACCAGCGCUGCAUCAUGCUGGGCGUGCCGCCCCGGAGGCAGGAACCCGCCAACUUAUUCGGCGCCGCCUUUUCCCAGGCCGCCGCAAAGAGCGGCGUGUCAGUGUCCCUGGACCACGUAGACUCGUCUGUCGUGACGCUGCCCACGGCGCAACGAGCGCAGUUCCUCGACGCUCUCACCGCACUACUCGCCGACACCUGAAUACAAACACUAUUAAA